AAAGUCGCAAGCGAGGAGGAUAGGUAGGGCUCGGGCUGGCUGGACGGACUGACGGUUAAAGGCAGAAGCGGCGCCCACGGAACCGGGACGGCAACAUGGUGUCGUGUAUCAUCUCCCGAGUCGUUGUGCUGGUUUUUGGAAUGCUGUAUCCUGCAUAUUAUUCAUACAAAGCAGUGAAGACAAAAAACGUGAAGGAAUACGUGCGGUGGAUGAUGUACUGGAUUGUGUUCGCUCUUUAUACUGUUACUGAAACAAUAACAGACCUAAUGGUAUCUUGGUUUCCAUUGUACUACGAGCUGAAGAUUGCAUUUGUUAUUUGGUUGCUCUCUCCAUAUACGAGAGGGGCAAGUUUAAUAUAUAGGAAGUUUCUUCAUCCUCUUCUUUCUUCAAGAGAAAGGGAGAUUGAUGAAUAUAUUGUGCAAGCCAAAGAACGUGGUUAUGAAACAAUGGUUAACUUUGGUAAACAAGGCUUAAAUUUAGCUGCUACUGCUGCAGUGACCGCAGCUGUAAAGGGUCAAGGGGCAAUAACUGAAAAGCUGCGGAGUUUCAGUAUGCAUGACUUAACAGCUAUACAAGGUGAUGAACCAGUGGGACAAAGACACUACCAAACAUUACCUGAUACAAAAAAGAGAACCAGAAGCUCCACCACCAAUGAAUCUUUAGGUUACAAUAUUCCAUUAAAAAAAGAUUCUGAAGAUGAUAAAACAGAUGAGGAGAGGGAAGGGACAUAUUCAGAGGAUGAGACGUUCACUCAGAGAGGUCUCCGGCGAACACAAAGUAUGAAAUCGGUAAAAACUAUCAAAGGCCGCAAAGAGGUGCGGUAUGGCUCAUUAAAAUACAAAGUGAAGAGAAGACCACAAGUGUUCUUCUAAAUGAUCUCCACAAUUCAGCAUGUCAAACUGCUAUAUUAGUUGCUUCCUGCAGGCCCACAAUAGGGCCUGGUCCUGCAUAGGACUUCCCCAUUCUCUGAAGGGAAACACUUGGCACCCGUGUGGAUUCCCAUUGCCAGUGUAGAGCAUUUCCUUGAUCAUUGAAGAGGAAGGGGAAAGCCCUGCAUGCAUGGAGCUCUGCGUGCAUACCUGACUUAACUGGCCACUAUGUUUAGGGAUUAUCCAUUUCAAUAAUUCAGUCAUGGUGGUAAGAAUAUAUUGGUUU